CUCCCUCUUAUACUCAAAACCUUAGCAGUCGCACACAGCAGAAGAGACCAAAGAACCAACCUUCAGUGUUGUGUGGGAGAGAGGAAGAGAGAGAAAAAAAAAUGGUUUCAGGGUCAGGGAUCUGCGCGAAGAGGGUGGUGGUGGACGCUCGCCACCACAUGCUGGGAAGGUUGGCCUCGAUCGUGGCCAAGGAGCUUCUCAAUGGGCAGAAGGUGGUGGUGGUGAGGUGCGAGGAGAUUUGCAUCUCCGGCGGACUCGUGAGGCAGAAGAUGAAAUACAUGCGCUUUCUCCGCAAGCGCAUGAACACCAAACCCUCUCACGGCCCCAUUCACUUCCGGGCUCCCGCCAAGAUCUUCUGGCGCACCGUUCGCGGGAUGAUUCCUCACAAGACUAAGCGUGGGGAAGCUGCUCUUGAUCGAUUGAAGGUUUAUGAGGGUAUUCCUCCUCCGUACGACAAGACUAAGAGGAUGGUUGUCCCUGAUGCUCUCAAGGUGUUGAGGCUUCAGAAGGGUCACAAAUACUGUCUUCUAGGCAAAUUGUCAUCUGAGGUUGGAUGGAACUAUUAUGAUACCAUCAGGGAACUGGAAAAGAAGAGGAAAGAGAGAGCACACUUGUGUUAUGAGAGGAAGAAGCAGCUUGCAAAAUUGAGGGUGAAGGCUGAGAAGGUUGCAGAGGAGAAGCUCGGUUCCCAAAUUGAAAUCCUUGCUCCCGUUAAGUACUGAGUAGGUGUAUGGUAGUUAGUGUUUUGAAGUUUUGGUUUGUGGUGUAUACCCAAUUGAACUCCAUUUCAGUUUUGCUGGUCAUCUUGGACUCUAGAUAUGACUAUCUUGGAAGUUGUUUUACUUUGUUUGCUUUAGAAUUUUUAUGUCAUCUGAUUAAGUUCUAUUACAUAUUGUUUUUUUUUGUUGUC